CCCAAUGGACACAUUUUACUGGCUCUUCGUGAUCAUAUUUCUACCCGACCAUGGGCACACAGGGAAGAUUUCGCCUUCCAAUAAGCGCCUGAGUCUGCUGUGGAAAAGCUUCAAUUGCGCACCGAACCCUGACCACGUGGGCAGGCACAAAUGUUUCAUCCUGGACAACGACAAGUCAAUUGUUAGCUCCGAGUUUGAUUAUCUUCACGGUGUCUCUCAGCUGAAUGCCACGUUUAAAUUGUUUUUGCCUCGACCUCCGUUCAAGGAGUACCAUAAGAUGAUCGAUUUGAAUGUAGAUGUGUGUCAGUUUUCCAAGGGCUUGUAUGGCCACAAGUUCAUUUCAGUUAUCGUGAGGGCGCUCGGCAGUAAGGCGAGCCUGCAGCUGAAGUGCCCCCGUCCAAAGGGCCUCUACUCGUACACAAAUAUAAGCGUUGCGGAACAUUUGCCAGCCUUUUUGCCAGAAACCGAUUUUAAAAUCGAAAUCAAUUUCCUAACACCCGUCGCUUACUUGGUAAAUGCGAGUCUCCAAGGCGUGCUAUACGAUCCGGCCAAAAAGAGGGGCUAA